AUGCGGGCCAACAGAUACUCUAUCUUGGCUGCUUUGCUGGCCCUGGGUGCCUUGGACGCUCCUCUAAGUCACGCUCGAGGAGCGGGAGAUUCUCCAGCGCGGCCACGAUAUUACUUCCCGCGGGAAAUAAAGCGCGGCUCUGCCGUUCCAGCACCCGUGGAUAAACGUGCUCCACAAUUAAAUGACCAGGACACCACCGUUGUGGUCAUACCCGUCACUGUCUACGUAGGUCCUGAUGGCAAACCUUUUACGAUAGGAGGCCAGGCCGCUGGGGGAACAGGUGUCACCCCGUCGAGUACUACCUCUUCAAGUACGCCCCUUUCAAGCGACCCCGCUUCAAACUACUCCCCUUCGAACGACACCCUUUCAAAUACCAGGCCGUCAAAUUCCUACGACGGACAGGCUCACCGAAUCACUGCCGCCAGCGAACCCAACAGUUCGUCUGCCACAAAGCCAAUGGGCAAUCUCAGUCUUGGUCUGCCGAAUCUAUUUAGCACGCCCUCUGCCUCAGAAUCCGAAUCAGAGACCGUUUCCUCCAACAGUGCUUCAUCCAUUUUUGGAGGAACAGGUUCCACUGCUCCAACCGUGAGCCCAUCCUCUUCGUCGAGCUAUGAAGAUGUAUCAUCAUCCAGUACUUUCCCCACACUCGAGCUUCCAACCCUGCAACUUCCGACUGAUGGUACUUCCACUUCAGGCGUUCCUGGUGGCACUGGAACUUUUACUCGUGAAGAACCUACUACGACAUCACAGGGACCAAUUAUUACUCUUCCUACCAUUAUUCCAGACCCAAGCCCGUCGAACUCUGAAACAUCUUCAUCUACCCAUUCACCCUCCAGAACCACAAGUCCGGACGUGACAGAUAUAACACCACUUCCAACAUCCGAGUUGCCCACCGUAGUGCCUCCGUCAACUACCAGUGAAUCGCCCACGGAAUCACCCACGGAAUCACCCACGGAAUCACCCACGGAAUCACCCACGGGAUCACCCACGAAAUCACCCACGGAAUCACCCACGAACUCACCCACGGAAUCGCCCACAAAAUUGCCCAGUAGCUCCCCAAGUAUCCCUCCUACCGGCAGAGUUACCCUCACUCCGAUCCCCCCUGUGACCAACAGCAGCACUACCUCAACGACUAGUUCCAUUCCAUCUGGUAUCUUUCCUAGUUCGACAGUCGUCCCCACCGGUACGAACCCCACCGGAACGUACCCAAGCCCUUCUAGAACUGGAAUAUCUUUGACACCGUCUCCAACCCCAAGUUCACCAGCACCAACCCAGACGGAGACCACGCCACUCUCGACAGAUUCGUUAACUUCUAUGUACAUCCCGACAAGCAUUGUCUACCAGCCUACUCCUGUCCCGCCAAACACAUCGCAAGCCAACAAACCCACAGCCAUUCCCCGUAUCAUAUCUCCCGAUGGUGGCAUUCCUCAAGCACCAGCUGACUCGAGGCUGGUACAAAUCGGAUUCAACGGCUCGCUCCCCUAUGAGUUCGCUGUCAAGAACAGGGAUUCAAUAAUUCAAAUUUUCAGCUACACUCCAAUCGGCGUCUCAUAUGGUCUGCAGAUUUCCCGCAGUCUCACCGUCAUGCGAUCCAUCGAGCCAUACGACACAGUUCAAAAGAACACCUACACUACCACUUUGGCUCUUAUCUACAUCCCAGAGAACCUCGUGACAGAACUUUCCGUCUCAUUGCACAACCCUUUUUCGCUCAUCUACAAGCACCCUAACCCUUCCGUUGCCCAGCUCAUGUCCCUGAUCGAUCCGUCCAUCCCCCUGAUUCCCGGCGGCGGCCCCCUCGGCCAGGAAACCGGAGGACCCGGUGGUGGCCUCACCGGUCGCCCGGGUGGUGGCAAUGAUGACGGAAACGAGGGCGGCUCAGGAGGGAAUGAAAGUCCCGGCGGCUCAGGCAGCUCAUCCAAUGUGCGCGCAACCUCGGUUGGCAUUGGUCUCGGUGUUGUCGGCGGUGCAGCCCUCUAUGGUGCAGCGAUGUUCUUCGUCGCACGCCGCUACCGCAAGAAGCGCAAGAUGCACCGUCGCACCGGCUCUCUGACGAGCGGGAUUGGAAAUAAUAAUACGCCCGAACCCUGGCCGAUCACAUCAGACACGCUGAUGACCGGUGGUCGCGGGGACGGAAAUGUCAGCUCCAUUCAGCAUGAUGCGCGAAACAGCCAUAAUAGUGGUGGAUCAGGGAGUGGGAAGACGCAGAUGAUCAGUGCCCCUGUGAUGGCUGAGAAUUCACUGGGAUGGAACUAA